AUGGUUCUAAUCUAUGAUCAUAUUAAAGCUAAUCAAAUCGCUCCCCCCCAACUUUCUCUCUCUGAUUCUAAGGAGGAAGGGUCAUACUCUGAUUUUUUUGUGGGUGAAGAUUCUACUGGUGAUUCAAAAAGUAAGACUGAGGAGAUUCUAGAGGACUCUAAGGUUGAAUUGGGUAAGAAAAGAAAACAUGAGAGCAGUAAGCUGUCCUCUUCUAAGGACAAGAAAAAAAGAAAAGAGAAGGUAUUCCAGAUUCACUCUUCCUCCUCCUCAGAGGUCUAUGAGGACUUUGAAAAGGAUGACUCUCUGUCCCCUCAGAAGAAGAAACCUAAAUCUUCUUUUCAGAAAAGGAAAAAGCAGAAAAGGCAAGGCAAUUCUGAGCCAAAGACAGAGGACAAAGAGAAGAGAAAGGAUUCUAAUGCGGACCAAAAAGUUGAGGAGGAGAUUAUGGGGGAUGAUUUCAACCAGAGUGUUGGUGGUGAUGCCAUUACCGGUGGAGAAGACCCCAAAACUAAUCAAGCCAAGGCCUCGGCUGACAACAUGAAAAUCCUGAUCAGUAAGCUAGAGAAUGAGAAGGGAUCCCUAGAGAAGGAACCUGACAUUGAGGGCAUGGAAGGUGUGCAAGGACCAAGAACAAGGACCGGAGGCAAGAAGAGGGAGAAAAAUCCAAACAAGGAAAUCGAAGAGGUCAAAGUUGCUUCGACAAAUUAUGAUCUGUUGGUCAUCAAGGCUAUUGAACUUCUAAAGUCUCUAUAG